AUGUCUGAUCUGGAGGACGUCGUCUACCCACCUAAAGAGGGAUGGCCGUGCAUUACCCACGGCAACCCCAAGCUAUUGAAAACCCUUGGCAAAACGCGCGAGGUCCUGCCGCUGCUAGCCCACCUGCCUUACAUCGACCGCGGCGACAACUGGACCGACGACUUUGACGGCACGCCCGGCUGCUGCCCAGGGGGCCGCUCCCCUGCCGAAAGCGUGCUCACCAUCACCGAGGGCCCGGAGCUCACGGCUUUUACCUCGCCCCAAGUCUUCGGCCUGACCUGCGGUGGCCGCGACACCCGUCUCAUGGCCCUGGAUACCAUCAGCUGCCAUACCGUAGAGGGCGGGGAUUGGAGCAACGGCCGCGGGAUGAAGGGCAGGGCGGCCAUGCUCAAGGACAUCUGCUACCGCCAGCACGGUUGGCCUGACAGCACGCACUUCAAGGAGUCAUACGUCUUGUAA